CUGAAAAGAGACCCAAUUGCAGCUCUGCAGCUUCCCUGCUUCAAAGAGGAAGAGAUGAUGAAGAAGAAGACGUUGAAGAUGGCGAAGAUGGCAGAGACAGCAGCAGCACCCUGCAUCGGCACAAUCUUCACUUGAGCUGUCAUGUGAUGAGUGUCUGAGAACUGGGUGACAUUUUCUUUCAGCUUCUGCAGCAGCAGCAGCAGUCUCUGUAGCAUUUCAUCACUGAUCUUGCUUGCCAAAGGGUGCCCCUCAAUAUCAUCUCAUGAUGCCCAGGAGCACUUGCAAGAAAGCCUAAGCCUCAGCUGGUUUGCUUGUGCAGCUCCUUUCACUGAUUCUCUGUGAGUAGGAGUGCGAGGAGGAGCUCAUUAAUCCGUGACCACUCACUGAUGGGAAGCAAAACACCAUCGUGAGUGCGGUUGGGCAAUGGACGUCUGAUCCUCUGCACUGGCGCAGAGGUGGUGGUUGUCAUGUGGCAGCCAGGUGGGUGUGAAGAGGAUGGUAUGUGUGAAGGUGAGAGAGAGGGAGAGGAGAAGGGCUUUAGAGGUUUUUGUGAAGGCCCUGAUCGGAUGCAUCUUGAUGGAGGACAUUGCAUCGGUCGGUACUGGUUGCGAGGGGAUUCGAGCGGAUCUCGCAUCUGGGUAUGUCUCCUCUCUAAACUUCUAUUCUCGCAAGUGAGAGGAUGUGAACUCAUUGUUAGUUGGAUACCUAAUGGUAUUGGCCUCGGUUGAUGCGAGUGCCCUUGCGGAGGAUUGAGGUUCAUGGAUUUUUCCUUAGUCUUGGACGCGUUGAACAAACGUUGUUCACCUUUGGCACAUUUCUUGCUGACUACAAUCAGAGUUUUGUAAGGAUUCUUUGCAUGUACCAUCCUUUAAACUUUCCAACCAACCUCAAACAGUAACCGAAUUUUUGAAUGUCAUCUUCCGGCAUAACCGAGCUGCAUACUGUCCUAUAGCGUGGGGGUGUCGCAACUACAUCGUGCGCAAAGACUGAGUGUGAUCAUUUUUGGGUAGAGCAGACCUUGUGCAAUAUUGCGCUUGAAGGUAGGCUAACAGUGUUGCUGAGUAAUCCUUUCGUGACGCUUCCGGAUCAAGGCUAUGAACAUGGUCAACAUCUAGAAUCUUCAAGAGCAAUACUUGCAAGACUUCGUCAUCCUUUCUACAUUUUGAGCUCAACUGUUCUAGGUGUUAGCCUAACUCAUUCCCACUGCAACACCAUUUUGGCAGUUGUAGAGUAUGUACAUUUGGGAAUGGCUUACAAAAUCUGUUUCUUGAAUACGGAUCCAUAGUAGUCCUCAAGCUGUAAUCAGAAUCCACACUACUGCUUUAGUUUUGGAUAUAUUUCUCUUUGUCGAUGCAGCACUUUUGGUAGAAGAGUUUUUUAACAAGUGUUGCACCCAAGAAUGCCAGGGCAAAAUGGAGCAGAAACCACCCAUUUUAAGGAGUUGACAAAUACGUGUUCUCAACAUUAAUGUAGAAACCGCCAAUAUGUUGAAAAGGAGCAGAUGCAUAAUGACCUCCGCACCAACAACUAUGCUAUGAAGCCUGUGGGAAUUGAUCAUUUCGGGUAUGAAGGGACAAGGUAUACUGUUUUGCAACUGCAUUUGUUCGUGGCAACCUGUACGAGUAGUUCAUGGUGAUGGUCAUGUUCGAAGCUUAAAUCGGCCUAUCACUGUGGGAGAAUUCUUAAAACGCCAUCCUCAUCACUUCGUCUGUAAGCCCACGGCAGAUGGACCUCUUUACCACAGCGGCAUGUUACCCUUGGACAUGGAGCUUGAGGAGGGCAAUAUAUAUCUUCUCCUUCCCCUCCCCCGGUUACUCCCCCACCUCGCCAGCACGUUUCCUGACCCUCUUCCUUGCCCAUGCUUCUCUAACCGAGAAGCCAUGUAUUUAAGCUCAAAUCCAGCUCACAUGCAUGAGGGGAAUCAUGCAGAACUCAAGACUUUAAGUGAAGAACAUUCGAUAGGGAGGAAUUGGUCCAUUGUCAAGAGUCACGGCCAGUUCCUGGUGAUCGCUACCAAAGUACGGAAUCUUAGGCACCGAGUAGCCAUUUCGAAGCCCAUUAGGUCGUUGAUUCGUAUGAGCCAAAGAAUACUCCCUGAGAGACUACUGCUUCGAUCAUCUUUUCACAAACUGAAGAAUGAACACUCGAAGUCAUCUUCAUCCUCAUCAGUUGUUGGGAAAUCUGUGCAAUACUGCACACGGAAUCGGUGGAGGCCAGGCUUGGAGUGCAUAUCUGAGGUUGGCUCGGUCACGGGUUUGCUGCGAGACUGAGAUCAGUGGCUAAUGACCAAUUUGGUUGUUGGUGGAAAUUGUUGGAACAAUAAGGUUUGCGAUCGUCGUGUAAUCAAACUUACGAUCCAAGGUGUGUUUACGACUGGAACCUUCAUCCCGACAACGAUAAUUGCCGUGGCCAAGACGAUAUGCGAUCAACAGCUUAUACUGAAUUAUCUGAACUCUUCAUUUUUUGCAAAUCUAGUGAAUGCAGUCAAGUGAUAAUUAUUGGCACAAUUAACAGAUGAACGAUGGAGGUCAAAACACAUCAGUUUCGAAGCUCCGGGCACCAAGUCUACAGCAUCUUGGUUGUUAGUUAAUGAAGGAAAAUAGGUUGAGAGACGGGAUCGAACUUUUCCUGCUACAAUCAUUGAAAUAUCCGACGACUGUGAGAUAUCUGAGUUGAACUGGUCACCUUGAAUACUAUUUGAAAACACGUCAUGGGGAGAUGUGGAUUUCUCCUUCUCUACUAAAGUGGACAGAAUCCUCUUCUCCAAUGGAGAUUCUACAAGCUCACAAAUGAUCAACCAUAAACAUACCAUAGGUACACUUUUUUCUUUUUCUUUCGACACUCUUUGUAUCUACAAGUAUUGAAACCAUGAAACAUUUCGACGUUUGAAUUCCUUGUACGUAGAAAAAUCAGUCCAGGGAUGGUAUUGACAAUUUGACUCUCCCUCACUUUUUCAAUGCCGCCUCUGUUUCCACCAACUGAAGAACUCGUGUUUGUACCCACAAGUGACCUCUCCUGGUGAAGCACUGAAAUUUUCCAUCCUUUGCUUUCUUUGUAAGGUCCUUCGCAUUGUAAUAAACAAUACCUGUGCGUUGUCUUCUGUGUCUUA